UGAUGUGUCACUGUCCCCAGUGUACGGCUGGGUGGUGGUCUGGUGUAUAGUGCUGCGCAUGCGCAGAGCAGCACUCCGCUCGCGCAGAAGAGUCGACGCUGCCAAGGAAACACACAUGCAGAUACAGUCAGCAUCGGACACACACACACACACACACACACACAGCUCCAAACCUCAAACACACUGUCAAAUGACUGCUAUUCACAUUAGCUUAAUGCGAAAACCGUGCAGCCGGGGACUACAGGAAGCUAUGUGAGGGGAAAAAAGACAAAAGAAGAAGAAGAAGAAGAAGGAGUCGUAGUGAAAAGUGUGAGAUAAGUCAGCCUAACGUCUGCAGCGUGCAGUAUAUCGCCAUGCCACUGGUAAAGAGGAGCAUUGAGCCCAGGCACCUGUGCCGGGGUGCUCUACCUGAUCGAGUCUCCAGUGAGCUUGAGUGUGUCACCAACAGCACUCUGGCAGCCGUCAUCAAACAGCUUGGUAGCCUCAGUCGCCAUGCAGAAGACGUCUUCGGGGAGCUGUUUAAAGAAGCGAACAGUUUCUGCUUGCGCAUGAGUCACCUGCAGGAGCGCGUGGACCUGCUGGCUGUUAAAGUCACCCAGUUGGAUUCCACUGUGGAAGAAGUCUCACUGCAAGACAUCAACAUGAGGAAGGCGUUUAAGAGCUCCACCACUCAGGAUCAGCAGGUGGUGUCACGUGCCUCCAUCCCCAACCCUGUUAUGGAGAUCUAUCAGUGUGGAGACAAGCCUCCGCCGCUCAAUAUCCUCACCCCAUACAGAGAUGAUAAGAAGGACGCUCUGAAGUUUUACACAGACCCGUCAUACUUCUUCAACCUCUGGAAGGAGAAAAUGCUACAAGCCACAGAGGACAAGAGGAAAGAGAAGAGACGCCAGAAGACGAGCGGUCCGGCCCAGGCUCACUCAGCCCAGUCUAAGUCGCUGUCCAGGCAGGCCGCUCCCAGAAGCCCCCUCUUCUGCUCUGAGCAGCAGAAGCAGGUGGAGGAACCAGGUCGUGAGGUGAAGAAGGUUCGGAAAGCUCGGAACCGCAGGCAGGAAUGGAACGUGCUGGCCUAUGACAAAGAAUUUCGCCCCGAUGCCCGCUUUACACCCUCCCCAUACCACGGCAUGUCAUCAGAGGGCUCACUGUCACCUGACAACAGGUCAGUGUUAUCAGACGUGGGUGAGCACUCGUACCCUGGCAGCCCAAACCGGCCUGCACAACACACACCACCAUGCAGCGCUCUCUCCACCACAGAUGGUAAGGAGCUCAUCCUCACUCCCUCCCAGACCCAGACACUGCAGCGAGGCUACCGACCCACUGGCACCCUGUCCACUCCAGCUGGGAGAGACACGCUGGGUAGAAUCCAGCCCUUACACACAACCCCGCCCACUGACCCCACUGUCAACGGCCCUCGCCCAGCUCAGGCUAAAGACUACAGCAGUCAACAGUCCCAGCACUCCGAGUUCUUCAUCCCUCCUGCUCCUCCUCCUCCACCUCCUCCUCUCAUCCCAUCAGCUCAGACAGCCUUUGACAGCCCGACUGCUCCCUCCUCCUCCUCUUCCUCCUCCCUUCCUGCCAGCACCAUGGCCUCCCUGUCCCGUCCCUACGGCUCUUCUCCUCCUGCAGCUCCUCCACCACCUCCAUCCGGACCCCCGACACACACACACCCACUCACACACAACCUGCCGCCAGCCCCUGCUGAGGUGGUAGCCCCCAGGAAGGCUCAGGUGCCUCUGGUCCCCAUGAGCGACGCCAGGAGUGACCUGCUAGCGGCCAUACGCCGAGGAAUCCAGUUGAGGAAAGUGCAGGAGCAGAGGGAGCUGGAGGCUAAGAAGGAGCCUGUGGGCAAUGAUGUAGCCACAAUUCUGUCACGCCGCAUUGCUGUGGAGUACAGCGAAUCAGAUGAGGACUCUGAGCUGGACGAAACCGAGUGGUCUGAUUGAAGGAGAGAGCAGGAUGCUAGAUGAGAUAAGGACAGAAAAAGGCAAACAGAGAUGAGAUGUUCGGAAGAGCACAAGUAAUCCUGCUGAGGGCUACUUUUCUAAAAGCCUGACUGAAGCCCCGAUUCUGUGUCCCCAGAGACCAGAGGCUGGAGAAACUUAUAGCUGUACAUGAGAACUCCCACAGUAAAAGAUAGUCCAGGUUUUGCAUGUUUAUAGGUUUAUAAAUUGCAAUUUAAAAGUUUAUUUCAUAUCUGAGGCAGGUGUUCAAAGAGUUGGCUAGACACAGGGUUUAGGAAAUGUAAUAUAAGCACAAAAUUGCAGUAAGAGUGAGAUGAAAUUUUUAAAACCUGUUGGCUCACAAGCCAAAUAUGGCUGUUUUUGGGAAUCCAUAUUAGGCAACAAAACAAGCUGAAGAAAUUAAUAAAGUAAUCAAAUUUUAAAUAGUUUAAACAUGACUUUAAGUAAAUAGGUCUAACAAUAUUGUUAAAAACGUUUCUAACAUCAUUUGCUAACAUUAGAGGCAAGACAUCUCUCUAGUCUCUAAAUUCUAUUGGACAGUAUUGCUGAGUUUGCUAUUGGACAGUUGCUGAGUGCAGGUCAAAUAGUUAAAGCAAUACAAAGCUUACAAGAAGUAAAAACAAGACUGUAAGCUAAUGUUAAGUACUAUUGACAAAAAAAAAAAGACAAUGUAUAUCAUUAUUUCUAGCCUGAAUGGACUUUAAAAUCGCAUUUACUGAAAAAUCAGGGUCCAUCAUAUACUUAACUUGCAAAUGUAAAGCAUCACUUAUAUAUUCUUGUUUAUGGUAUUUGUGGCUAAACGAUCACUAUGUGGUGUAGUUUAUGUAACUGUUAGUGGUGUGCAUCCAGGCUGCGAGCCCAUGGGAGCCAACAAAAAAAUUGCACGAGAGCGACAGGCAGUCAGAUAUGAAGUUUACAGAACAAAGGAAGGCUAUGUACAUUCACAUGGGGACGUAUCGGACAUGGCAGGUUGUUUGUGCAGCACUGCGCAAUGUGUAUAACAUCUUCUGUAAAUGCUUUAUUCUUUAUAAUUACUAAUUUGUUUAUAUUUUGGAAAUAGAACCAAGUUCAUUAGAAAGUGUUGAGGCAGGUACAAAUAACAAUAAUAACUGUGGCAGUGGGCAGGAUUGGUCAGAAAUCCUUCGGGAGUGGGAUUAAAAAAUAAUCCAACACCUCUAGCAGCUGGAUUAAAGAAGAAAUCUGAAAUGCAGCUAUCGUAUUGUCACCUAAUGGACGUUGGUAGUACCUAUCAACAAUGAGGUGUGAUCCAUAUGUUGCUGCCAAGAAACUGAACACAUUUUAAUUUUUUAAAAUCUUUUAUUUAUGUUCUGUGGCUCUACCAGCUGAAAAGGUAACGAGUCCCUGCUCUGGCUGUAAAGAGAUUAUUCAGCUUUUUCACCACAGUUUACAUUACUGUGUGUCCAGCAGGAUGAAGCCCACACACUAUGACUCUUUCGCUAUAAAUCACGCUCCAUGUGCUCCUGCCAUCUGCCAAGUUCACAGCUUCUCACACUCACUCUCUUUCUCAUUCCCUAUCACUUUUUUUUACUUGCUCAUUUGUCAUGUCUGUAGAAAGGGCAGCUGUUAGCCAGUUGUCCAUGGUGUGACUUCACAUGGUUAGAAGCUCAUACCUGGACACAUUCACACAGACAUAAAAUGUGAGUUGUUCAAAUCCCAGUUGUUCCCACGACGUACAGUGUAAAGUGCCAGUGCAGCAAUGUGAAGGAUAUAACUGUACAUAUGGUAUAUUUUACUGUGUUCAUUUAGUAAGAUGUAAUAAUAUAAUUAUCUUUCUUUAUGUCAGCAAAGGAAAGGAUAUGAUAUACUGUAUCAUAAAGACAUUAAGGUGGAUUACACAUUUCUUAAGAUGCCGCCUUUAAAAUGUUGCUUAUUUUCUGAAAUAACAUAAUGUCGCAUAUUUGAUUUAUAAUUAACUAAGUCUGGAGUGUUUUAUGAGUUUUGUUUUUGAAAUACUCUGAGUAACUUCAGUAGAUUUGCAGUGAAUAGUGUGGGUUAAUAAUCUUCUUUCUCUUCACACAGAAACAUGUUAAACACAGAGUUCAUCCCUGAAAGGUGUUAUGGGUCCCACUGUCCCUAGUAACAUAAGAAGAAAGAAGGAUAUGACAGUUUUAUUAAACACGUCUCCACCCAGACUCACAAAUAGAAAUAAGUCAGAAGUAGUUCCAUAGUGUUUGGUUUGGGAGAGUUCUUUGCCUUUUUUGAGAGUUUUUUUUUUCUCUGUGGUCUUUUAUUUCCUUUUAUUUGUGUGUUUUAGCCACUAAUUUGUCCAAAGUAAAAGCACUUAAAUAUUUUAGCUUAUUUUUUUAUUCAAAAGUUUAUUUGUGCCACUGAUAGCUGCACAAAAAGGAAGUGCCAGGUUUUAAACAUUUUGGAAUAUGAUCUGUAGGUUGUCUGUUUUUUUUUUUUUUUUUUUUGCUGUUGUUGUAUAUAACGUCAUAUAAAAAUUCGCUAAGCCUGCUUGUAAAGUAAUCUGAGUAAGAAAUCGGAGUGUCUAAGUAAAAGAAAGCAAGCAUUCAGUGUGUGUUUAAGAAGAAGCUGUAGGCCAGUACAUGCAUGUCCCAAUGGCCAAUAAAAGCCCACUGAUAGAAA